CACCGAUUCUUAUGAAGUUAGAAUACCGAGUAGAACUGCCAGAUCAUGAUUGGGUUGUUGCUAAAAGGCAUAAACUGAUUCCUUCAGUUUAUGCAGUAUUAGAGCUAAUAUUAGACAUACAAAAAGAUAAAUAUGAACAAGCUGAAGCAGUAACAUAUUUAGGCCCAAUGUUUAUAAGAAUUCGUAGCGGUAAACAUGAUAGUAGUACUGCUUACUCUCAUGGCAAAGACUUUGAUGACCUGAUGGUUGAGAAGAAAUUGUACAACUUUACUACAACAAACGGCCAGCCUAAACCCAUGGUGGUAAUGAUAAGUAAUAGUGGACCUGAUGAAAAUCCACACUAUAGAAAAACAGUUUAG